UCAUCUAUGUUGAAACGUAAAUCGAUGUUCUGGCCGACUGCAGGAUGAAAUCGAAGUUCCUGUUGCCCUGAACCCCUCAUUCAUCCUUGUCAUUCUGAGGUCUUCAUAGCCCUUGCUCUUCUGCCUCCAAUUCUCAUAUAAAUUAUUCAAAUUUGCAUAAAGUUAAGAUAAAAAUCCUGCGGGGGCAGAUCGCUUAAACCAUCGCCUGGAAACGGAAUGAGGAAGAUUCUUUUCAAAGGAUUACACUAAAUUACUUUUGUUUGAAAACAUAAAGGAUCACAUCCUUCCUCAUUUAUUCGCUUUGGUGAUCUUUUUAGCGUAACACCCUACACCAAGAGUUUCAAUUCUCUAUUGAAGCCAGUGAUCUCGAGAAAAAAAUGAAUGAGCAGAGUUCUAGUGUAACUAUUGAAGAUAAACAAGAAACAUUAAUCGGCAAGGUUUGCAAUCCGUGGACGUGGCGACUUGCUAAUGGUUUCAUGGCCUUGUUCUUUGCCUUCGCCACAUAUGUUCAGCUCAAUGACCCUGAUCCUGUAAUAUGGAUGUUCAUCUAUGCCAUUCCAUGUUUCCUGUGUAUUGCUUUAGUGAUUGAUUCAUCAUUACAAGAUCAUUAUGUAUGGAGGUAUACAGCGGUCAUUCAUGUCGGUGUCAGCAUUCUGGGUAUUUUUUACUCACUAAGUGUCCUAUUUACAACUGAGAUCAGCUCUAAAAAUCCGUUGGAAUAUGAAGAAGGAAGGGAAAUUGGAGGCCUUUUGAUUAUCACAGCCUGGUUAGGGCUCUGCUGGCUAAGAAAACUCGGAAGUUUUAGUGAAGCAAAUGUCUUUUUUUGGUCGGCCACAGUAGCUGUCUCUCUGACUCCAUUUGUUCUCUUGGGUUACUAUGUAAACACAUGGGAUGUGUCUGCAAUACAAGGCCACUGUAAAGACAUAAUCUCAAGGCAUCUGUACAAAGAAAUUUAAAUAUAAUAAUAUGAUAUAUAUUUCAAUCUAAUCCAAUAUGUUAAUACAUGAGCGGCACAUUUAGCCUCCUUUGCAGGCAAUGUUUGGUCUCAUCAUUCAAGGCACAUGCAAUGUGCAAUAUGCGGUAAAGUAGUAUAUUGCAUGACAAGACUAAAACAACAGCCAUGAAGGAGACUACAGCACAUCAGGUAGAGAUAUAAACUGAGAUUAGGCAAUUCCAAUUCCUUUUUUCACAAACAACAAAUUAUGCAAAUUAAAUUAAUUUGCAUAAAGCUAAAAUGAAAAUUCUGUGGUUAAACCAAUUCACCUGGAAACAGAAUGAGAAAAAUUCUUGGUAAAGGAAGGAUUAAACCACCCUAGUUUUGUUUGAAAUGUGGCCAGAUUUGUGAGCACCACAGCAAGAAUUAAUAUCUGUUAUUAUAUUACUCACAGUGCCAGUGGAUAAGAUGACGCAAAUUCUGUGUUCUGAGUGGCUACCCAAGCAGGCAAGAUGGGCCCAUUUUGUCUGCCCAGGAUUGCCUGCAUUGAUCCUACGUAUAAAAUUAAAUUAGUGCUAUGUUCGUAAUUCUGGGACAAUGUCAGUGAUGGAAACACAAAAAGUGGCAGAAGAUAGUCACGACCACAAAGAAAACAGAAAUGACUCGUGUGAGUCUGUUGUGCUAGAAACAUGUUUGGCUUUCUUUCCUGACUCUUGAAGUAAAGCAGUCAUUCUUAAUUAUUAAAAGAGCGUAAUCUUUUUGUAAUAUAAUAAAUUGUCUAUUAACCAAGCUUGUUCAGUUUGGUCAAGAAGGCUGGAUAUCAGCUAUGUUUUUUCUUUUGGCAUUUUUGUGGACCUUAACUUUGUCUCAAUCCAUAAAAAUGCCAAAAAAGAACUCAGCUAAUAUUCAGCCAUCUUGACCUCAUGCUUGGUUAGUAAUGCAUAUUUAUUA